CACGUGAUUCGUAGCGUUUCCAUGUUGUACUUUGUGCUGUUCGUGAGUGGUUAUUUGAUCUAUACUCAGUUACGAUGCCCCGAAGGUGUUGUAUGCCGAAUUGCAGGGGCAAUUACGAUAAUGGACCUAAAGUCAGUGUAUUUUAUUUUCCAUCUGACGAGAAUUUAAGACGAAAAUGGUUAUCGGCUGUUCACAGACAAGACUGGACACCGAGUAAGCACUCUGUUAUAUGUGAACUGCAUUUCAACAAGGACGACAUUUUAAGCAGUACCAGUAUGUAUGACCCGAAAACUGGUAUACUCUUGACAGCACCGUUGGAUCGUCGACGCUUGAGAAAAGAUGCAAUCCCAUCGAAGUUGCCUGGAUGCCCAUCUUACUUGUCGAGUCAUCAAACUGCAGUACGAGAGGACCCAGAAAUUCGUAGGGGGCGUUUAGAAAAUCGUGCUCUUCAAAUUGCUAUCCAAGAAAGUGUGGACACACAUGCGAAAAUGAUUGAUGCGAUAUCGUUCGAUAGUUUAGAACAAAUGAAAACAAAGUUGAGUGAAUGUGAAAAGCACAGUGACUGGGUAGUGAUAAACAAAUCUGACAGUGUGAGACUAGUGUUACUAAAGCAUAAUCCUUACCCAAGAAUUUUUUGCCACGUAGUUAUAAGCAGUGGUUUAUUACUCAGUGUCUUCAAUAAUGAUAUUGAAGUGAAAUGUAUUGGAAACAUGAAAUUUCCCAUGAAAGUAAACAACAUACAGGUGGUAAGUGAUGUUCUUAAGAACAUUUAUCUUCUGUAUAAUAGUUCUGAGGCUCCUGUAGAUAACAUUUUGUCUUUAAUUGACCAGUUAUUGCAAAAUUUAUUAGAAAAGUUGCCAGGAAACGAAACUAAAAUUACAUUUUUGAAGGAACAGAUUUCAUUUUUGAAGUGCAGAAGUUCAACUCAAUUUAGGUAUGAUACUAACUCUAUGAUAAUGUGGUCAUUAGUACAUUCUAUAAGCCCACAUGCUUACAAAUUUUUGAGGAACACUGACAGUUUUUCUAUGCCUAGUCCUAACACCCUUUCAAGGCUUUGUAGUAAACUCUCAACAAAUCCUGUCAUUGAGCAACAGGGUCAUCAGUUUAUGAGCUACAUCACAAAUAAAGUAGGUACUUUAUCCUCAGAUGAUAAAACUGUGCUCCUGUUGAUGGAUGAAAUUCAUCUGAAGUCUCAGCUUGAUUACAAAGCUGGAAAUGUUGUAGGAUGUGCCUUUAACACUGAAAAAUUUUUGUGUGCAACCAGCGCCUAUGUUUUUAUGGUUCAGAGCAUGGAAUCACCUUACAAGGAUGUGGUAUCUAUUCUGCCAGUUCAUACUAUUCAGGGUGAUGUUCUGUUCUCUUACAUUAAAGCAGUCAUUGUUAAAUUACAAGCAGUUGGAUUUGAGGUGGUUGGUAUAGUAGCAGACAAUAAUGCAAUUAAUAAGAAAGCAAUGUCUAAGUUUCAGAUAGAUUAUAUAAUGGGAUUAAAAGAAACAUCAAUACCAGAAUUUUUAAAUGUAGCAGUAGAUGAAAAUGAUGUUGAUGGAAUAGAUGAGAAUACUUGGCCACUGUUGCAUUACAUAGCAGGUUACUGCUCACACCAAGCUAUUAAAAAAAACCAUUGUGAAUAUUGUAAGGUAUUCCUUACUACAGAUGAAAUGAAGCAGGGUGGUGAUGAUUUGAUUAUGAUACCUGCGACUGAAAACGACUGGAGUGAAACAGCAUGUUUAUUCUCACAGAUUCUUCAGUUCCCCCAUUGUGUCGGAGCAAUUGACAGGAAACAUAUCGAGCUACAGUGCCCUGUUGGUAGUGGAAGUGAAUAUUAUAAUUAUAAAGGUUCAUUCAGCAUUGUGCUGCUUGCUGUCGUCGAUGCCAGCUACAACUUUUUGUACGCAGAUAUCGGCUGCCAAGGCAGAAUAUCAGAUGGUGUUGGAGGAAUAAAAUUAAGCUCUGAACCAGUAUCAUUCCAGAACAGAGAUUGGGAUAACUUCUGUCUAGUGAGCACACUUACAGAACAGGGAUCAGUAAUUGUGGCAUUUGAGCUGUACUGUGGACGCUGUAACCGAGAUCGACGAGCAUGUGCGUCUACUGGCACUCGUCAGUCAAGUCUGGAUAAGAGCAGAGCUUAG